CACCUCAUGAGCUCCAUCAUAUGUGAGGAGAGAGGGGGAGAGAGAGAGAGAGAGAGAGAGAGAGAGAGAGAGAGAGAGAGAGAGAGAGAGAGAGAGAGAGAGAGAGAGAGAGAGAGAGAGAGAGAAGAGAGAGAGAGAGAGAGAGAGAGAGAGAGAGAGAGAGAGAGAGAGAGAGAGAGAGAGAGAGAGAUAGAUACUGAGAGAGACAGAGAGAGAGAGCUAUAAAGACUCUCACUCCCACGUUCAUUC